AUGGUACCUAUAGCUGUACAAAUUUCCAGCGGCAUCAUGCUUUAUCAAGAAAAUCAAAGUGAAAUUUCACCAAAAAUAAUUAAUCAGUGCAUGAAAAAAGGAUUUGGUGAUUUACGGCAAAAACGUGAAGCAUAUACGACUGUUGUGAUUCCAGAAUUUUCUGGACUUACUGAACAAAAAUCUAGGCAGCAGAAUGUGUUGACAACUAAAUUUUUAGAAAAGCUAAAAUUAGUGGAAAAUUAUUGGCGAAAAUUACCGGAACAACUGUGCAGUGACGUGAAUGCUGGAACACCAGAAAAUGGGCAGUGCUGGAAUGGGACUGAUGGCUAUGCUAAAAUUUUGUCGGCAAAGGAUGAUCGGCUGCAAGUGACAAAUUCAGAACAUUUUAAACACUAUGUCUUUGAAAGUAAUGUAUCGGAUGAAAAGUUACGAUUUCGGAUGUUGGCAAGAAGGUUGACGGAAAUUUAUUCUGGUAAAUGGCCACUUGCAGACGAAUUUGAUACAGUUGAUGGCUCUGGCUAUAAUUCGGAGUAUUUUCCAGUUGACGAUGAAAUUGGAGAUGAAACCAGUGGUAUUGUUGAAGACGAAGCCAUAUUGUUGGAGCAGAAACUUUCCAUGGUUACAACAGGUAAACCGAUACAAAACCUGCAAGUAUCGUCAACAACGGAAUCACAAAAUUUGGCCAUCAAACGAUUUUCAUUGCCAACAAUAGUGCUGCCGGUUUUAAUACUUUUUUUAAUGUUCUUUACUGUGAUUUAG